AUCAAAUCAUGUGACCAACAUUUGACAGGAUAGCAAGUAUUUCCGCAAACAGUCACAAUUAAUACUUCGCUUUUGCUGCUCUAAAUUUAGUUUUGAUGUUAUUCACAUACAAAAAGACAUGGACGAAGAUGGAUUACCAAUUGUAGGAUCUGGAGUAGAUCUGACAAAGGUUCCUGCCAUACAGCAGAAGAGAAUUGUAGCAUUCCUAAAUCAGUUCAUGGUGCAUACCGUGCGGUUUCUAAAUCGGUUUUCAACAGUUUGUGAAGAGAAACUAGCAAGUAUAUCCCUCCGCAUCCAGCAAAUUGAAACCACUCUGAACAUUUUGGAAGCCAAGUUGUCAUCUAUCCCUGGUCUGGAAGAUGUAAAGAUUGAGGGUUCAAGUCAGCGUCAGACUGCUGUAACAAACAGUCCAGUGUCUGAUAUAAACCAACCAGAGACGCCAGCAGCAGCUACAGCUCAGCCACCACAAAGUACCACAGACACUCCAGGCUCUCAAAAAGAAAACCCAGUAAAAGGAAAUGUUAUGACAGUAGCAAAAGAUCCAAGAUAUGCAAGAUACCUGAAAAUGGUACAAGUGGGUGUUCCAGUUAUGGCAAUAAAGAACAAGAUGAUUGCUGAAGGACUAGAUCCAUCUUUGCUUGACACCCCUGAUGCCCCUGUUCCUGACAGAGGAGUUAAAGAGACAGAGGAAGAAAGUAACAGCUCUGGUAGUGAAUCCUCUUUCAGUGACUGACACUGUCAGCCAAUAAAGCUAACAUGCUUCUACUUGCCGGAAGCUCAUGGUGAUGAGACUGACAUGAAGUGUGUAAAAUGCCUGUUUAACCCAUUAUAGCAUUUGUGAUGAGAAGCGAGCAGAGGACCUCUCAGCAAACCUAGAAACCAUGGCAAUACAUCUCCUUUAGCCCCCCAUAGUAGACUUUCUUAACCAAUGUUUCUGAAUAUACAGAAGAAUCUGACAUUUUCAGCCCUGAUUGUUAUGGGCUGUCAUAUGGGUUGACCCUUUUGAAUAAUACUGCUGUUUAUAUUUUGAAGCAAACUUUGAACUGGCACUGGAGAUACUUCCUUCUUAUCUUACGCUGUGAUGUGGUCCUGUGGGCUAUAAUUCUGCAGCUUUAUAUAUAUAUAUAUAUAUAUAUAUAUAUAUAUAUAUAUAUAUAUAUAUAUAUAUAUAUAUAUACACACACACAGUAUACUCUGAACUUUUGUAGAGUGCUGCAUUUAUUCAACUAACUAGCCUCCGAAGGGGGCAAGUGGGUUGUUUAAGCCCAUCUUUAAUAAUGAAAUAAACACAGCACAACCUACACAUUUAACUGGGGAUUAUCUUGUGCAAUAAAAAAAGAGUGCUUUUAGCCUUAUUAAAAACGACUCUAGUGACCAGUUUUCUAAUUAUAAUUACAGAGGUUGGUGAUGUAUAACUACUGUACCAGAAAAUAAUAAUGACAAAGGAAUGUGGAUAUUUGCAAGUGAUUCAGAUUAAAGGCUAACUGGAAGAGUAACUUUAACUUUGACACUACAGUACCUUAAAAGUUAAGUGAAGGCCGAUUUUCCAAACACAAGCUCAGUACAGACAAGAAAUGCAUCGCCCCAAUGAUUUCUAAGUCAGACUGAUGAGUGACAUACUAUAAAGUGGAGCUACUUAUUGUUUAUAGUUGCACAGUUCUGUUCCUGUAUGUAUUGGAAACCUCUGAGUGACCACAUUUGUGGAUCUAGGGCCUGAAGUGUCGACUAAGAUUGAUAUUGCUUGGAGGCAGAAAUCUGUUUUUCAAAUAUGACACCAAAUCCAAAUAACGGAGCCUAUUUGGUCAUCUUAAUUGUGUUUGAAAGAAAAGGUCACAUCACUAACUCUGUAUGAUACAAUAAAAUCUGGUAUUUUAUAAAAACAA